UACGUCUUCCACCCCACGAUUAAUCCGUCGAUCGCCGUUGAUCAUCCAUCCGACACGAUCUAUGAUCAGUCGAGGUCGGGGCUUCUGUGUUCCCCACAAUUCAUUGUAUCGCCCCUGCCUGACUGAUGGGCUGUGCUGUCGAAGCUAAAAAGAAAAGCAAACAAUUUCUUUCAGGCAGCACCUCAUCUCAGCUCAGCAGCAGCGGCGGCGGCGCUUCCGAUUUGCUAAACCACCACGAUCUGCGCGCUGCACCUGAUGAAACGAUCGCACACGGACCGUCGUCGUGUGGAGGCUGGGUGAAACAGUUUUCGGAAAACCUCUGCUCAUUUCCAUUUCGAACUCGGCGCGCAACAGUUCAAAACAUCAGCGCUCGUCCGUCCCGCACUACUCGUCGUGUUUUUCGGCGAUUCCAAUCUCUGGCGUGAACGCGUGCGCCGUCCACCUUUCGCGGCGAUUUCGGUAACGGAUUAUCGCUUGGAAAAGAAAACGCAUUUAGCGCCUCUUUCUUCCGGACUGUCGGUCGGUUGGUCGAUUGGUCGGUCAGUGAGUGGAGUGAAUAGCCACAUGAUAUACGCACAAUAUUGGCACAACGUGACUAGUUGAUUUUCGUGUUCUGAUUCCCCCGUCGAAAAUGGGACCAUCGUCAUGGAGCAAGGUGCACGUUUGAGUGGAAAGUGAAGCAUCUAGCGAGCAAACGCUAGGUUUGAAAGCCGUCAUAGUGUGAAUUGGUGCUGCCGGAAGAAAGCGAAAACGAGAACAAACAAAUCAGAACCGCGGUAUGAUGAACAGUGUUAGUCUCGGAUAUUCCAAGAAACAACUGAAGAUGAACCUGUUGGCGCUGGUAUUCCUGUUAUUCUGCUGCUGCUCGGUGACGACGGUUCUAAGCGAACCAUGUCCGGACCAGACACGCCCCCAUGCAUCGCGCUGUGAUCAGUACUUCCGAUGCGUGCUGCUGCCCUCGAAGACGCACGUCUGGGUGCCAACGCAGUGCAAAAAAGGCCUAAUUUAUGAACCACAGCUUAAGACCUGUGUUUUGCCUGGCGACAACUGGGAGUGUGAUCUAUCGGCUGAGGAGGGUGACGAAAGCGGUGAAAACGUGUAUGGGAUCAACAACUUGCCGGCGGCCAUGUACACCGGACCAACGGGUAGACCCGUACCUUCAACGACGCCCCUUCGAUCGAUGGAAAGGGACGUGGCGCCUACCGAGGGCGUUGGCUACGGUGCCAGUGGGGUUCUUGAGGGAGGAAUCACCACUGAAGCAGAACCUACGAACGAAUCGGAAACUGUGACACCUGUCGAAUUACAGCUUUCGAAUCUCCCAACCGUCAGCGGAGAUAAUGAAGGUUAUUAUAUUGUAUUGGAUGGCGAUGGAAACAAUCGCACGACCAUCUAUCACACACCUGCCCCGAACGAAGAAGAAGAAACGGAAGAAUUCAGCGGAGAUGGUGUAAUUGAAGAUGUGCCUUCGGCCAGCGGAGCAAGUUACGACGGAGAAAUGGAAGACAAACAGUCCUCGGCGAUGUUGUCAUCUGAAGAAAACAUGGAACUGUCAAAGGAUCAUUUGAACUUAUUCUUGGCGGACUAUACUCUACAGGGGAGCAGUGAGUCUCCUUCGAAGAAUAAGAAAAAGAAGAAGAAGCAUCCACUGCCGCCGGAUGGCAAGAUCCAUCCAGAACAUCUAUCGACUAUUCUGCAUCAGCAGAAGAAAUUGAACAAAUAUGCUUCUCAAAUCAAACGGAAGGGAGAUCCAACGGGCGGAAUCGGGAAUAUGUCACCAUUCUCGGAUAGGCCCGUAUUCACGAGCCGUCCGGAAGGCUCGGUCCUGUUCAAUGUGCCACAAAGACUUCCAGAAGAGUCCAACUCAAAGCCUCCGCUUAUGUCCGAAGAUGUGAUACGGAGUAUUAUUGAGAUCUCCAAGCAGAUGAUGACCCAGCAGAAGCCUUCGAUUGAAGAGAUGUACGUGAAGCCUAUCUUCAUCCCAAUCUCCGUCAGUUCGCCAUCACAGGACUUCACCAGGCUCCCUGAAAAUCCGAGCAAAAUCGUGUACCACCAGCUGUUUCCAUCGCUUUCCAAUCAAAGUUCUCAGUUCAGUACAAAACCGAUCGGUAUUACAAUAACCAACCCUUACACUCUAGGUCAGGCAACGAUUUACGACAACUUGCGCGAACAGAUCAUGAACGAGUCGAUGUACACUAACUAUCAAACGUCGUUCAUGGACGCCUAUGGCAGCCGCUUCCCAAUGCAACCGCCCAUGCGCAACGCCCCAAUAUACCCAUACCCACCACCGCCACCGAUGGCCUAUCCAGUGUUCAGCCAGCCGCAAUACCAGUACCCCCACCCGUAUCCCUACUACGACCAAUCGUUGAUCAUGAACCGCCUGAGGAACAAUGGCGCCUCAGAAAACGAAGACUCUCAGUCAAACGAAAACGUCCUCUCCGAAGAAGAAGACACGGCGUCAGCUGAAGUCCCAGAAAAGGACGUUCAAGCUGCCGUCAACAUCGAAUCAAACGAAGAAGAAAGCGAAGAAGUUUCCGAACCAUCCGGAACCAAGAAGCUCAUUGCAGUUGGUGGAUCCAUUAUGAACUACAACGACUACAAGGACAGCAUUCUACCUCUGCUGGACGCCAACCCGGACGACGUCCGUAUCUCCGUUUUGACUUGUACCCUCGGAUCACGGCAACCGAACAAGACCGACUGUACCAAGUACUACGUAUGCAACCCCCAGAAUGGAGCAUUCCAGUCUUUCACCUGUCCGUCGUUCACCGCCUUCAACGCAGACACUCGUCUCUGUGACUCUGCCACGUACAAAUCCUGCCAGAACGUCAAACAGACUACAACGACUUCCAAGCCCACCACUCUCUCUCGAAUAGCUCAGACUACUACUCAUCAGACCAAGCUCUCCUCGGAAGCCAAUCAGCUGAAGGAGAAUCUCCUGACUGCCCACAAGUACAUCGAUAUGAUCAAAAAGCAGGCCUACAAGAUCCUCAGUCGCAACAAGGUUACCACCGAGAACCCCAUAGAACCGCCGGAAAAUGACGGCAUGAUCCGUAUUACGGCACCCACCAUGUCCAGCAUGCUUCCGUCGAUCACCGCUCCGACGUUCACCUCGUCCACAACGACGAAGCGACUGAAAUCCAAGCCCAAACGGAAGCACCAAACCAAGAAGCGGACGUCCGUCAAGUCCGGCCUGCACAAGUCCGUCCUGUCCAAGGCGUCUCGCAAGUCGACGAGUUCGACCACGAGCACUACGUCGACAACGACCACCACGACCAGCACGACGGAACCACCGGUGCCCAAAGCGCCCAAAUGCAAGAAGAACGGCAAAAUGCCCGAUCCGGCGGUGAAGAACAACUACUACGUGUGCUACAAGGCUAGCCCGAAGAAGUUCAUCAAGACGAGGAUGGCCUGUCCGCACAAUCUGGUGUACUGCGAGAGCACAGGGCUGUGCACUUACGAGAGGAAGUGCAAGAAGUGAAGGGGUCCCAAAAAAGAGAGGGAACCGCGGUGAGCUGUAACAUAGGAUUUCUUAGAUUGUAGGUAUUUAUUUUUCUGCGAGUAUUUAUUAGACGUGAGUGAACGAAUUAAAGAUCGUGAGUAUGUAGAAUGUAUUGCGGGUGUUUAAUAUUCAGU